AUGCGGCGUGUUUCUCUCGCUGUGGCGCUGUCAUCGGCGGGGGGACGCCGCACUGUUAUUUUCAGUCCCCGAUACGACUGGCGCACGUCGGGCGUCCACGAUAUUGCGCCGCGGGACGAGGGCGACUUUGUGUACGAUGGGCCCCGGCCGGCGCUGCCCGGCGCCCACCCGCUCCCACUGUACCACCCGCACAACUCUGUGACGCGCCCCCCGGUGUCGCCGUACAUGCCGUCGCCACAGCGCAGUCACCCAUACUUCACCGAGCCUCUUCCAGAGCUACCGCACUUGAACACAACGAGACCUAUCGUCUACACGUACGGCACCAUGAAAGAACGUAUUGUGGUGCCUGUAUUUAACCUUAAGAAUGAAGUGACACACACGCGGGAACUGGAUCCCUUCAUCUUUGGUAUGUACCCAGAGGUGGAGGAGCUUAGUAAGAAUCUCACAUAUUGGUUGGUACGCUGCCAAAACUUUGCGAGUAAAUGGGACUACGAGAAGCGGGAAAUAUGGCGAAAGGCAAAGAAAAAUUGGCCGAAUACUGGGAUGGGAAUGCCACGCGUUAGCGACCGAAAAAACCAUCAAUAUCCAUGGGGUGGCCGCACGAAACCGUCCAAGCCGUGGAACAUGCUGAUGCCAACAAUGGACGUUAAAACAUGGAGUAAAAGCAAUCGCAUGAUGCUGACCCUCAAGUUGCUCCAGGGACGGCUCCAGAUUGUGGACCGACUUACCCUGCAGGAACCCACACAGGAGCGCUAUCUAGAGCUCUGCCGCACCAUGGCAUGGGAUGUACGACAUACAGGUGGUGGUGUGCUUUUCAUGGAUGGGGGCUCUCGCAUUACCUCUAGUUCUGAGUUUGAUCGAUCCUUCUUUUUUGGCAGUUUUUUUAACGGUAGGAACAAGGUGGUUCGCCCUACCGUGUUGUGUGACGAACAGUACGACUACAACAAGACAGCUGCCAAACAACGGAUGAAAGGUCCCAAGGGGCCAAAGAAUCCAAUUCCAGUCAAUCGGUUUAAUGUCUAUGACGCAAUGAAACAUGAAAGGCUGGUCGUGACAGAGGGUGCACUUAUGCAGUUAGAGGAAGAACUAUACGAGCACAAGCUACAAAUACUUCCACCGCAUAUUCGCAAUCAGCUACUGGAGCGUGGGUACCUGAAUAGCGAGAUACUAGGUGAUUGUGUUCCACAUCUGCAGACGAUUCAAAUGGAAGCUGCGGCUCGCAUAGAAGAAAAUGAGAGCAGUAUGUACCACCCGUUUGUUGAUAACCCCUACCAGCCGUGGAACGAUGAAGUCAAUGCUUCCUACGCUGUUGAUGCUGUGGAUGGAACAAUACAGCAAUACGUCAAUGGCAAAAAAACAUCAUGGGCGAUGCUUUCUUAG